UAGCUACCUGCAACACACCCCGAGUAGUCUCACCAUUGCUGUCACCACUUUCACCUGAGGAAAGACAAGAGGCCGCGAGUUCUCACUCCACAAGACAAACAUGACAACAACACAUCAGCUAAUGGCCGCCGCCUUCUACCUGUGCGGGCUUUUGUUUCUUCUCCACGUCGACUCCGUGAACAGCUUAAGAUGCAAGAGUUGUGGGAGUACUGACUUCACCUGCGAGACGGGAAAUGACGCGCCAGCGGUUAUUUGUAACGACGGGGACAAAUACUGCAUCGUUAUCAGAGUAAUCGGCAGCACAAACCAAGGUACGUUUCGUGGGUGCUUCAACGAGCCAGUAAACAGGUGCGUGCCUAAAACUAUCCUAGGUGUAACGUAUCAAAGCUGCUCCAAAACCUGCUCCUCUGACUUCUGUAACAGUCAACUGAGUGGAAACUGAGACAAGGAAGCAAGAUGAAACCGUUUCAUUCCUCUUGCUUAAGACUUACUUAAGUCGUCCUUUGCCUCUAUUGUUUCGAGAAUGUAUCGUAACAUCUCACAUUAAAUUUUUUUUUUUUUUUGUCCUGAAAACUGAAGAAAAUCAGUUUUAAAUC